GGCCUCCACUUCCCCUCCCGCGCUCCCGAGUAUGCAAGACAGUUGGAAUGUGCCCGCCACGCCGGGCCUGAAUUCGUUCAGCGAGGACGAUUGCAGCAUGCCCGCCGUUGACGAGUGGCGCCCGCGGCCGCGGCGCCCACUCGCCCACCCGCAGCGCUGCGACGGCUCCACAGUCGCUCUAUUUGCGUACGCAGCGGCCCCGCCGCGCAGUUCCACGCCUGCGGGCGCGAGGGCCGCGUCGCUGCGACAGGACGACGACGGGCGUGCUCGCUUCUCCGGUCGACUCCGCUAUUACCUGCCCGAGGGCUGGUGCUCGUCGUACAAGUUCACCGUCUUUGAGCGCUCUUACGUGGUGCAGCUGGACUCGCACGGCAGCGAGCAGUUCUGCCUCGCCCGCCCGGUCACCGCCAGCCUCGCCGACGCCGCGCGCGACUUUGAGCUCGUGUGGCCGGUGCCUCUCGAGCCCAGCAUCUUGGGGGGCACUGUCGAGCAUGCACACCAAACUGCGACGGCUCUCCGUGGCGAGCCAUGGGCCGCAACCACCGCAGCUGCACCCGCAGCCGCCACAGCCGCAGCACCACGUGGCUCGUGGCAUGUGGCACGUACCCGGCAACGCGCUGCAGUGAUCUAUCUAUUAAGAGCGCGCCGAGGCGCUGUCUCCUCCUGCGCAGCCGUAUACGUCGAUCGUCGUCCCUUGCGAUACGAUACAAGAAAGAAAAAGCAAAA